CAUAUUGACAUUCAUUCAAGAAGGCCAACACCAAACGGAGAAAGAGGAUCUUGGGAUUCAUUUCAGGGGGUGAGGACGGGCAAAGAUGAGCGAUAUUUCAGAUGAUGACAAUGAGAUUGCCUUCACGGUCAAGUUUCUGGGUCGGGUAGAAGUGCAUAGCCCACAAGGCCUGCAGAUUUUGACCGAUGCAGCAGAGUUCUUGAAGACAUCAGACAGCACAGCAGAAAAGACAAAGAAGAAGAACAAGGUGUCUCUGUUUCUGUCCAUAAGCGGAGUGGACAUCCUAGAACACAAAACUAAGUUCAUGCUCUACACCUGCCCUCUCUCCUCCAUCUCCUUCUGUGGGGUGCACCAGACCAUGCCCAACAUCUUCGGCUUCGUGGCCAAGCACCCGGCGGCGGAAACCUUCCACUGCUACCUGUUUCAGAGCAAAAAGUUUUCCCACCUGCUGGUGUCCAUGAUUGGUGAUGCGUUUCAUGCCGCGAAGAGACAGGAAAAUGUCCGAAAUGACAGAGACUUGAUUGUGGAAGCUCUCAGGCACAAGAAUAAGGUUCUGAAAAAGGAGAAUACAGAGCUAAAGAAGAGACUGGCCGCACUGCUGGGCAAUGGGGGUGAGAACAGUAAUUCUCGCAUGUAAAAUUUCAGACAGAAAAGGACACAGCUCCUUUGCUGGAAAAUACAAGUCAACUGGAUCAAGUGUAAGGUAUAAGACUAGAAGAACAGAAGUUACAAGACAGAAGUCUGUCUCCUACCUAUGACCACAAUUCUGUACACACCAAUGUCUAAAAAUAAAAAUUCUCAUGCCCAACUGAAUUAUGAUAUUGGAAGAUACCUGAAUUCAAAGC